AUGGAGAACACAACUGAGAUUUGGACUUUUGUGCUGGGUGCCUAUGGUAACAUUGGAGAGUUAAAAUAUCUGUAUUUCAGCAUAACACUGUUAUGGUACCUCUCAAUAUGUACAGCAAACACAAUCCUUAUUGUUGUUAUUUAUGUUGACAGAAAGCUGCAUGAACCAAUGUAUAUAUUACUAUGUAAUUUAUCUGUAAACGAAAUAGUUGGAAGCACAUCAUUGUAUCCUCUGUUGCUCUCUCAAAUGUUUUUAGAUACCCAUGAAGUGACCCUGCCAUGGUGUUUUUUUCAGAUGUGUUGUAUCUACACAUCUGCAUCUGUUGAGUUUUGCAGUUUAGCAGCUAUGGCCUAUGACAGGCAUGUCUCAAUCUGCUAUCCUUUAAGCUACAAUGUCAUAAUGAACACAGGUAGAGUGGUAAUGAUCAUUGUGGUUAUAUGGAUGUAUUCAAUUUUUAGUUUUCUAUUCUCGUUUUCAUUCAUUAUCCGUUUGAAAUUUUGUGGACGUAUCAUUGACAAAGUGUUUUGUGACCACCACUUGGUGAUAAAACUUGCAUGUUCAGUUUCAACUAGUAGUGACAUAUCUGACCUGAUUUUUGCUUUUGUGACUAUUGUUAUACCUUUUAGUCUAAUUUCAAUCUCUUACAUGAAGAUUUUGGCUGUUUGUCUUAGUACCUCUCAAGAAAACAAGCAAAAAGCCAUAAACACCUGCACACCACAGAUUGUCUCAGUGUCAAACUUGUUCAUUGGCUGCAUUUUCCAUUUUGUUGAUUCCAGGUUUAAAGUUGCUCAAGUGCCAGGUAAAUUGCGUAUCAUUUUUUCUGUGUAUCUCCUUGUUUGCCAACCAGUUGUCACCCCUUUCAUGUAUGGAUUUAAGCUGCCAAAAAUAAGGCAGUCAUGCAAAAGGUUUCUUGUUCAUAGAAAACAAUUACUUUUCUAA